AUGGCGCCCCAGCCGCCGGCGUCGGCGGCGGCGCCGGCUGGUGCGCCGGAUCCCGCCGUCCCGGCCUGGCUACGCGGCCUCCCCCGCGCGCCGGAGUACCGCCCGACGGAAUCCGAGUUCGCCGACCCCAUCGCCUUCCUCUCCCGCGUGGAGCGCGAGGCCGCCGCGUAUGGUAUCUGCAAGGUCAUUCCGCCCCACCCCCGGCCCUCCCGCCGCUUCGUGUUCGCGCACCUCAACCGCUCCCUCGUCUCCUCCUGCGACGCCCCCGCUCCCACCACCUCCGACCCUGCCGGUCCUUCCUCCUCGCCGCCGGCCUCCGCCGCCGUCUUCACGACCCGCCACCAGGAGCUCGGCACCGCGCGGCGUGGCCGCCCGACGCCGCAGGUCCUGAAGCAGGUGUGGCAGAGUGGCGAGAGGUACACGCUCGAUCAGUUUGAGGCCAAGUCCCGCGCCUUCUCGAAGACGCACCUCUCUGGCCUCAACGAACCGUCUGCGCUCACGGUGGAAUCCCUCUUCUGGAAGGCAUCGGCAGACCGCCCUAUCUAUAUUGAGUACGCCAAUGAUGUCCCUGGCUCUGGUUUUGCUGCUCCUGUGCAGUUGCAACGCAAGAAGAAGCGGAAAAGAGAGAGUGCCCCAAUGGACGAAUGGGAGAAGAGUGCAGGCUGGAGGCUGUCAAAUAGCCCAUGGAACCUGCAAGCAAUUGCACGGGCUCCUGGUUCCCUCACACGGUUCAUGCCUGACGAUGUUCCUGGGGUGACUUCUCCAAUGGUUUACAUUGGUAUGCUGUUCAGCUGGUUUGCGUGGCAUGUGGAGGAUCAUGAUCUGCAUAGUCUCAACUUCCUCCACACUGGCGCACCAAAGACGUGGUAUGCAGUUCCUGGUGAUCGUGCUGUUGAGCUAGAGGAAGUUAUCCGUGUGCAUGGCUAUGGAGGCAACCCUGAUCGCAUUGCAUCACUAGCAGUGCUUGGUGAGAAAACAACAUUAAUGUCCCCAGAGGUCCUUAUAGACAGUGGUGUGCCCUGCUGUAGAUUGGUGCAGUAUCCUGGUGAGUUCGUGGUGACGUUCCCAAGGGCUUACCAUGUUGGCUUUAGCCAUGGCUUCAAUUGUGGAGAAGCUGCAAAUUUUGCAACUCCCCAAUGGUUGAAGUUUGCUAAAGAGGCUGCAGUUCGAAGGGCUGUGAUGAAUUAUCUUCCAAUGCUCUCCCAUCAACAGCUAUUGUACCUGCUAGCAGUUUCUUUUAUAUCCAGGAACCCUAGAGAACUACUGACUGGAAUCCGAACUUCUCGCCUAAGAGAUCGUAAAAAGGAAGAAAGAGAACUGCUGGUUAAACAGGAAUUCUUGCAGGAUAUGAUUAGUGAAAAUGAACUUUUAUGUUCAUUUCUUGAAAAGAAAUCGGUCAAUAAUGUUGUUCUGUGGGAGCCUGACUUGCUUCCAUCGCUUACUGCUCUACACCCCUGCUCAUCCGCCUUAAAAGUUCAUGAAAAGAAGGGUGAAGAUGGCCCCAGAAUUGAACCUGCCGAAUCCAACUCAAAAGAUAACUGCUCAUCAGAUGGUACUGAAUAUAUUACUGGGACAAUAUCUAAAGGCUUGUCUACGGAUAGCAAGCAAGCUCCCGAGGGAGAAAAACUUGAUACUGAUGAUGAUGAUGACCUGCCUUUUGAUUUGAGCAUUGAUUCUGGUUCAUUGACAUGUGUUGCUUGUGGGAUUCUUGGCUAUCCAUUUAUGGCCAUCUUGCAACCUUCCAGAAAAGCACUGGAAGAGAUUUCCCUUGUUGAUAAGGAAAGAUAUAAAGUGAGCUGUGAAAAAGAGAAUUCUUCAAAUGUGCUUCCAUGCUCUCCUAAUGAUGGUAGCUCUGGAUGCUCACUCAUCACCAGUAAAUCGUCCAGCCCUGUAGAAAAUGCUAACUUCAGCCAUCAGAAUUUGAAGCCAAAUAGAAGUGACACUAGUUUGAAGGGAAAGGAAUUUGAUGGAACCCUAGGGAAACAUAGCAGUACUUCAUGUUCUUGUAGCAGUGGAGAUACCAUUGAUCCAUAUGGUGACACAGAAACCCCUGAGAAGAAAAUACCAAGCGAUGGUCCUUUCUCAGAGUUGAGUAAACAAACAGACAGAGGUCAUAUUAAUGUACAAGCUGUAGAAGUUAGUGAUGGAACUAUGCGGUGGAAUACAGGCUGUACGUUUGCACGACCUCGAAUCUUUUGCUUACAGCAUGCCCUUGAGAUUGAGGAGUUGCUUGCGAGCAAAGGUGGAGUCCAUACCCUCAUCAUAUGCCAUGCAGAUUAUGUCAAACUAAAAGCACUUGCUAUAUCAAUAGCUGAGGAAAUUGAGUUUCAUUUCGACUAUAAAGAUGUUGCCCUAGCAAAUGCUUCCAAGUCUGAUUUACAUCUGAUUAACAUUUCAAUUGAUGAUGAGGGUUAUGAGGAAGAGGGAACAGAUUGGACAUCACGGAUGGGUCUAAACCUGAAACACUGUUCCAAGAUUAGGAAAGAAACAUCAGGGAGUCAAAAGCAACCUCCUUUAUCGUUUUGGGGACUAUUUUCCAAGCCAUCACCCAUUUCAGUUGUUCCAAAUUUGAAAUGGCUCUGCAGGAAAGCGCGGACUCCAUAUAAGGUCGUUGGUUAUACUUCCAGCCCUGAUGUUGUGGCAGCUCCAGACAAGGUUAAGCCUGCAGUUACAAAAUCUCCGAUAGACACUGCUGAUAAUGCUCAUGAGAAUGUCAAAAGUGAGCAAACUUUGCAAAAAGUUUGUGUCCUGAAAGAAACCAGUGAUGUAGCUGAUAUGAGCUGCUGCCCCAAGGAGAAUGAUCAAGAUGGACAUUCUCUUAUUAACAUCCCUAUUGCUGUCGCUGAAUAUCCUAUGAUGCAUCAAGUUUGUGAGGGUCCGGUUAGUGUGAGCUCAUUUGAUGACCCUAUCUGUUCAUUUGAUUCCCAGGGUGCACCCACAACUGCUGCAGUGUCAGCUGCCAAACCUACCAGAGAACAAUGUGAUGUUGAAUCAACUGAGUUGACUAGUUCCAGUAAUCCUGUUCAACAGUUCCUUGACAAUGAACUUACAGUUGAGAGAAGCAGCAUGAACUUGGUAAGCAAUCAUGAGUACUUGGAAUCUGACAAUGCAACUUCAGUGUGCAAAGAGGAACAGCUGCAAGUUCAAGAAGAUCAGGAGGCCAUGGAACCUUGCAAUAAUCCCAUCACAGAUUUGGUCCGUCCAUGCCUGACAGAAGGCAUAACUUUUGCAGGAGAAUUACAUGGUGGGGCAGCAUCAUCAACCCUUGAAAAUGAGGAUAGCUGUGGUAAUACAUCUUACCAUUCUGACACUGUAUUGAAAGAUAGCAAAUCUGAUACAGAUGGUCAACCUGAAACAUGUGCUGGUAGUGCUGUUCUUGUCACACCAAAGUCGAGCUGUGAUCAGAUGAUCUCUAGUGGUGACAGAAGUUGCAGUCUGAUCGUGGACUUCCCUGUAUCCUCUGAUGCUGCCGUUUCAAGUGAAAAGCUGUCUAUGGCUCAUGGUUUGAUGAGCACUCAGGCAGUCCGUAAUUCGAAGGCACCGCUACGCUCAUUAAAUCCAGAACAGGCUGAGGCCAGUUUGACUGAUCUUAAGGCCGCUAAGGUCAAUUGCAUUCAUGCCACACAAUUACCUCAUGAAUGUCCAAGUAGUGAAUUCAUUAUUUCAGAAGGCACACAAAAAUCAGCUUCAGUGACUGCAAUCUCUGGACAAAAUGAAACAUCCAUGCAUAGAGAGUCAAACUCAUUUGAUAUUUUACUUGGAGUUCUAGCCAAUGAAUCUAAGGUUGCUUCUGGAAAAGAUGAGAUUGGCAAAGCUUCCUUGACAUUGAUGACACUGGCUAGCAAUGACCACUCCGCAGAUGAUGUAACACAGGGCAAAGUUAUCAUUGAUCGGUCACGUGACUUCUGCGCAUCAGACAUAGUGUCUAGAAGCAUUGGAAGUUCAAAUAGAACAAAUAUCAUAUUCUAUACAAGACGCAAACUCAAACGAAAGAACAGAUCAAAGUCAAACAUUAAUAGUUUGCAAAGCAUUGGGAGCUAUGUCCGUUCACCGUGUGAAAGCUUGAGGCCAAGGACUAGACCUGCAAUUGUUGAAGACAUGGAAAAUGAAACAAAAAGUGUAGAAGCUUCAGUUGCAAAGAAGAGGAAGAGGACAAAAUUAGAAUCAUUUCGGUGCGAGAUUGAGUUUUGUGAUAUGACAUUUGAGACUAAAGCCGAACUUCGCGCUCACCAGCGCAAUAUAUGCACCGAUGAGUCUUGUGGCAAGCGCUUCAGCUCACACAAAUACUUGAAGCGGCAUCAAUGUGUACACAGAGAUGAGAGGCCAUUCAAAUGCCCCUGGGAUGGCUGUCCUAUGACUUUCAAGUGGUUGUGGGCUCAAACUGAGCAUAUCAGAGUCCAUACAGGAGAGCGACCAUAUAAGUGCGCGGCUCCUGACUGUGGUCAGAGUUUUAGAUAUGUCUCAGACUACAGUCGCCAUAGAAAGAAGUUCAAUCAUUAUUGAUAGGUUCCACUUUUCAUGUUACUGAUUACAGCUGAGGGCAAAAGCACUAGCUGUUUGCGUUGGGGCGAUGUUUGUUGUACCAGACCACGUAUUUAACCACCUGACAUCUGAUAGGCGUAGUGUUUAUUCCUUCGUUAACAUUGUGUUUAGUGUAGAGACUAGAAAUAGUUGGGGGUUGAGGCUUACCCCCUGAUGCAUCAACGUAGAUUUGCAUAAGCUGAUCUCUCCCAUUGACAUGGGAUCAUUCAUUCUUUCUACAGUCCAUAAAGUUUAUGAGAAACAGAAAAUCGUAUGAUUUCAAGAUCAUCCUGGGUAACUUCCAAGUAUCAUUUGAA